ACAGACCACAGUGCAACAACGGACCCGUUCAGCCCCGGUCGGGUACAGUAGUACGUACGCGCCUCAUCGGACAUACAUACACAGCUAUCCCAUGGGAGAGCUACGGAGGAUACACUCAUGCAGUCAUGUACAUUAGCUCGGCCCGUCAUGGCACGGAUCUCAGCAGAGACCGGGAUGGCCCUGCGUGCGGCGAUGCAAGAUCACCUCAUGUAUCAGAUUCCUGUCUCCAUGAUGUGGUCCGUCGCCACUCGGUUCUGGCCGGGCCAGCCUAGUUCGCCGCUGGCACGACGUCCUCUGCCUUCCUCUUUGCGUCGUUCCCUAGUGCGGAAUAUUGAAAACAAACCAAGGCACGACCAUUGCCGCCAGCAAGGCUCAAGCAACUCGUGCCAGUGUUUCAGAGUCCCCCAAGGGAGCGUCCUUCUCCCGGGAUUCCAUCAUUCCAUCCGGCGUACGCCGUCCCCAUCGUCCUGCAAUGAAAGACCCAUCUUCAUCUAUUUCUGCAUCCGUCCGAUUCCAGGUAUCUAUGGCCACCACCUUGCCUUCGCUUCGGCCUUCGCCUCAAACUUGGGGCGGAAGGGACUCAGACAAAUAGGCACCUGACUAGGCUAUCUCCAGACGAUGCUGUGCUCGUCGCCACAAGAGCCCGAUCCAGGCCUUCAGCCGUAGCACCUAGACACUGGA